AAUGGCUAGGUAUUCACUUGGUCUUGGACUGUGUUUACUUGUGGCGUCGGUCUCUGCAAUUCCAGUUGAUAAUAAUGUAGAAGGAGAGCCAGAGGUCGAAUGUGGACCAACAUCUAUCACAGUAAACUUCAACACACGUAAUGCCUUCGAGGGACACGUCUACGUUAAGGGACUUUUCGAUCAACAAGAAUGUAGAAAUGACGAAGGAGGUCGUCAAGUCGCUGGAAUCGAACUUCCAUUCGAUACUUGCAACGUUGCUCGUACCAGAUCUCUGAAUCCAAAGGGAGUCUUCGUUACCACAACUGUCGUCGUCUCUUUCCAUCCCCAAUUUGUCACCAAGGUUGAUCGUGCCUACCGUGUUCAAUGCUUCUACAUGGAAGCCGACAAGACAGUCUCUACCCAAAUUGAAGUCUCUGAUCUUACCACCGCUUUCCAAACCCAGGUUGUUCCAAUGCCAAUCUGUAAAUACGAGAUUCUUAACGGAGGACCAACUGGAGAACCAGUUCAAUUCGCAACUAUUGGACAACAAGUCUAUCACAAAUGGACCUGUGAUUCUGAAACCGUUGAUACUUUCUGCGCUGUCGUUCACUCUUGCACUGUUGAUGAUGGAAAUGGUGAUACCGUGCAAAUUUUGGAUGAGAACGGUUGUGCUCUUGAUAAGUUCUUGCUCAACAAUUUGGAAUAUCCAACUGAUUUGAUGGCUGGACAAGAGGCUCACGUCUACAAAUACGCUGAUCGUUCUCAACUUUUCUAUCAAUGCCAGAUUUCCAUUACUGUUAAGGAACCAAAUGAGGAGUGUGCUCGCCCAACGUGCUCUGAGCCACAAGGAUUUGGAGCAGUUAAGCAAGCUAACCAAACUGCUCAGUUCUUCAGAGUUUUGAAGAAGAGAUCCGCUCCAGUAAUGGAGAAUAUUCUUGAUGUCCGUGCUGAGCUCACAACUUUGGAAGUUUUGGAAGGAAAUCUCCCAUCUUCUCUCACACAAGCUCAAGCUCUCGUAGCUUCGAGAGAAAUCGGAGAAGAUUCAUUCCGACAAGAAUUGUGUAUCAGCUCUUUCCAUAUCUCCGUUGUCACUGUCUUCCUUGGUCUUACCGUUUUCGUGGCUAUUUUCAUCACUUAUAUGAUCGUAUCCCGUAUGAUGGUGCCAUCCGACAAGAUGCAAUCAGCUUGUUAAAUCUCCAACCAUGUCAACCGAAAUCUCGGUGUGCAAUUUUCUUAUAUAAUUUAUUGAAGCCCUUAUUAUUUUGUUUUUCAAUGAAAAAUAAAUUAAAAUCU